AUGGGAGGAGGAGAAGUCUAGAGAGAAAGAGAGAGAGAGGGUAUUUUAUAUUUGAGUUAGAAAAGAUGUCGGCUUCCAUCUUAUCAUCCGGUCGGGGUGAGCUCCGGUCACCUUUACUCGCCCCACCACCAGACAAUAUUAAGAAGCUAUGCAUGGAGGACAUGCUCAAGAAACAUUGCGGCGAAUUCGGGCGGUGGCAGCUCCGGCACUUUGUCCUAACCAACCUGGCGUGGGCACUGGAGGCCUUUCACACGAUGGUCGUGAUUUUCGCGGACCGUGAGCCCGAUUGGCGCUGUUUGGCCGGCUGCGACGAGAGGGAGAAGAGUGUUUGUGGGCUUGAACCGGGCUCGUGGGAGUGGAUCGGAGGCCCCGGAAGCUCAACAGUGGCACAGUGGGGGUUGGUUUGUGGGGAGAAGUAUAAGGUUGGGCUUGUUCAGGCCGCCUUCUUCGUUGGCUGCAUGGUCGGUGCAGGAGUUUUUGGGCAUCUGUCAGACACCAAACUAGGAAGAAAAGGCUCCCUAACAGUAGUUUGCAUCUUGAAUGCCUUGUUUGGUUUCUCAACUGCAUUUUCUCAAACUUACUGGGAAUAUCUCCUCCUCCGUAUCCUAACUGGCUUCAGCACCGGUGGCAUUGGCCUCUGCGCCUUUGUGCUCGCCACAGAGCCAAUAGGAACAACGAAACGCGGCACUGUAGGCAUGUCCACAUUCUACUUUUUCUCUACAGGAAUCGCAUCACUUUCUGGCAUUGCCUAUAUUUUUCAGUCGUGGCGAGAGCUCUACAUUGCGACAUCCAUACCUUCACUUUUGUUUCUCUUCCUUGUUCUCCCUUUUAUCUCUGAGUCCCCCCGAUGGUACCUCAUUCGAGGGAGAACUAGUGAUGCUAUGGAUCUAAUGCAAACAAUCGCUAAAGCUAAUGGGAAUCACCUUCCUGAUGGAGUUAUGCUAGCACUCGACGAUGAAACAAUCAACACUAGCAUAACCCAUCAACAGAAUUUCAAAGAAGAAUUGGAUAGCAGAGAAGCUAUAACAGGCUCUUUAAUUGAUGUUAUAAGGUCUCCAAUGACUAGAAGUCGCCUACUAUUGGCGGUGGCAAUCAACUUCUUAUGCACCAUUGUGUACUACGGGAUUAGCUUGAACGUUGUCAAUCUCGAAACCAAUCUAUACCUUAAUGUACUGCUCAAUGCAGUAGCGGAAAUGCCUGCAUUUGCGAUCACAGCAGUUUUAUUAGACAAGUUUGGUAGGAAGCCAUUGGCAAUAGGGACAAUGUGGUUUAGUGGGGUGUUUUGUUUGAUUGGGAUGAUGAUUAGGAGUGUUGGGAUUUGGAAAGUAGUGAGGAUGUUUUGUGGGGUUAUGGGGAUAUUUGGGAUGGCAGGAACUUAUAACUUGCUGACUGUAUACACGACAGAGCUGUUUCCGACCAUGGUGAGAGGUGCAGCGCUUGGUUGUGUAGCACAGGCGGCGCAAACGGGAGCGAUAUUGGCACCAUUUGUGGUGGUUUUGGGGGGUGGCUUGCCGUUUUUGGUGUUUGCUAUAUGUGGGAUUCUCGGAGGAGUGUUAGCGUUUUACCUACCGGAGACACUAAACCGGCCAUUGUACGAUACCAUGGCCGGAAUGGAGGAUGGGGAAGGUAAGUAGCUUACUGGGGGGGUGUGUGAAGUGCUGGUUCACUUGCAUCUUUCACUAUGUUUAACUUUAUGUUUGUAAGUGAACUUGCAUUUAUAUCUAUUAUGUCCAUGUGUUAGAAGGGCAAUUUAUUCUUUGAUGUAUUUGUCUAGGUCUACCCUCAUCUUGAUCCAGUUGUUUUUGAAUGAAAAAAAGUUUGAAAGAGGAA